CACAGGAGAUCUCACGUGUCGUUCUCCGCUUUUCGUCACAGAGGGAGCACGUGACACGCGCAUUGCCACGCGAUUGACGCAGUCGCGUCUGGCGGGGUUGUUGCGACUCGUGCGGUCGCCUCCAUGAUUAGGUACCUAGCCUGCACCAAAGUUGUGACGCAUAGGCCGCCAGGCGCAAUAGGGUAUCGACAUCUCCUCCCGGAAAUGCAUACUCAACACGACCUGGCAUGGCGACUCUAGCGCCAGAUAGCGAUAGCGACAGCGACUACGGGUUCGAUCUGACCCCCGAGCAGGAAGAACUGUUCGCGAACCUCGUCGCGGGCGCAUCAUCACAAGCCCCCCAACUUGCCUCCGGAAUCGCCACGCCUUCGCGGACCUCUAAUGCUGGUUCUUCGCUGAAAGCAGAUAUCAACGCGGCUUUUGCUGCCCACGCGAGCGUCAAGUCGCUAUCCUAUGACGAGCUCGACUAUGAUACUGCCGAGCAUGUCCGUGGGUUUACAUACAAUAAUCCGGCCGGGCUUGCGCCGCUGGCAAAAGGGAAGGGGAGACUAUCGCCAUCUGCUGCCAAUAACCGCACCCCAAUUGCCCCGUUGGUCGACAAGUCGAAACCUCGAUCGAUACCAACCCACUUCGAGGAUGAUGACAUCAGCUACCCGGACUUGAGCAGCGCAUUGGCAGAGGUGCUGGACACAUCUGCCACUGACUUAAAGCCCGAAUCCGAACGGCAGCCUACUCUUGAUGGCGAAACCAGGUCACCCUUGGCUCGAUUUCGAAGCUUCCCCAAGAAGCCUUUCUCCGUAUCCGACCUGACGGCAGGGGCAUGGUGCGAGAUGCAGUAUUACUAUACUCUGACGAAGUUGCCAGGGGGAAAGAAGACAAGGACGGCUGCUAUGAAAGGGGGCACCAAGCUCCACAAGCAACUGGAAGAGCAGGUAUACACAACGGUAAAGAUCGACAUUGCAAAGAAGGAAGAUGCUUUCGCCUUGAAGCUAUGGAACGUCAUCCAGGGUCUCCGGACCCUCCGAGACACUGGCAUGACGCGAGAAAUGGAGACCUGGGGCCUGGUAGACGGAGAAGUCGUGAACGGCGUCAUCGACGGGCUGAGCUACGAGAACCCGGACCCGGAUUUCGAAGAGGAGGUUCGCAGCAGUCAGGGGAACCAGAACUCGCAGCCGGCCAAGGAGCAACCGAAGAUCACGGGCUUCUUCGGGUCCACGAAGGAGAAGGAGAAGGAGAAGGUGGACGACAGGCAGAUAUUCCUCUUCGACGUGAAGACGCGCGCCUCGAACACCCUCCCCUCGGGCGCCGUCGUCCGGCCGACCAAGAUCCAGCUCUUCCUCUACCACCGCUUCCUCGCCAACAUGGCCUCGGGCAAGCUCAACUUCCUCCGCAUCUUCGCCCGCUACGGCCUGGGCCCGGACGAGCCCCUCUCCGACUCCUUCAUGGCCCAGAUCGGCGCCCUGCACGACGAGAUCUUCGACGACGACGACGACGACGCCCCAUCCGACUACGUCUCCGCGCCGUCGACACCACCGCCGGGAAACCCGGGCCCCACAGCCGGCCCGACAUCCUCUCAGCGGCUACCGCCGCCGCCGCCCCCCGACCUCAUCCACUACCGCACCCUGCGGGAGCUGCUCCCGCUCCUGCAAUCCGAGCUACGGCUCACCUUCCCCCGCGGCGCCGCCUCCCUCGGCGCCCUAGUGACGGUCGAGUACCGCCGACGAGCGACGCCUGCCGAAGAGGAGGACUCCGGGGGCGGGGGUGGGGGUGAGGUGAUCGGCGAGAACGUCUUCUACGUCGACGACGAGGUCCUCGACCGCUACCUGGCCGAGGACAUGCAGUGGUGGCGGGCCGCCCGGGAGCCGCGGGGCGUGGUCAUCGAGGAGGCGUACAAGUGCCGCGGCUGCGAGUUCGCCGGGGAGUGCGGCUGGCGCGUGGGGCAGGAGGCCGAGCUGCUGAGGCGGUCGAAGGCGAGGCGAGGGGGGAGGAAGGUGUAGGGCGGAUUGGAGGGGGGGUGGCUGUGGGAAACGGAGAGUUGUGUGGGGAGGAGGGGCGUAAGGAAGAGAUGAGUACUUUAGCGAGCUCUGCGAAAGAUGGAGCACUCACCAGGAGAGAGAGUAUUUUGAGAAUAUCUGGAGUAAAUCGGUAUAUCCCCAAUCGAAUCAGGUUGCAAUAGAUCACGGUUACUACGGCUAUUGGCUAUUUAAUGAGUUAGACAACUAGGGUCCAUGUUCACCACCCUCUCAGAUUUCACUCGCCUUCCAUCCGACGAGUAACCCCGAACCUGGAGGUGAGGUGUCUGUCAAGGGUUGGUAAAUAGACAGACAGCUGAUUCAAUACCGGGAGUUGGUGUACUCGAUUCGGACGCGAUGUUACAGCCGCACCUACGACAG